AUGCAAUUAAAAAGCGAGAACCCGAUGUUAAAACACCCAUCAAGAGAUGAUGGCCUCAAGGCCGUUAUCGAGAAGUAUCGGCCAGACCUGAAGCCGUUUGAAGAGAUCUAUCGCCAGUUACACAGCUCUCCCGAGCUAGCCUUCCAAGAAGAGAACACAUCAGCUAUCGCUGCAGAUCAUCUCAAAAAGUUGGGCUUUGAGGUUCACACACACAUUGGUGGAUAUGGAGUUGCCGGUAUCCUUCGUAAUGGCGAUGGGCCAACUGUUCUCCUGCGAGCCGACAUGGAUGCGCUACCUCUAGAGGAAAAGACCGGUUUGCCAUACGCCAGCGACAAAAUCGUUAAAGACAAAGACGGAGUAGAAAGACCAGCAAUGCAUGCCUGUGGUCACGAUACACACGUAACAAGUCUCAUGGCGAGUGCUGAGCUUUUACAUUCCGCUUGGGAUCACUGGUCUGGUACUUUGAUCUGCAUUUUCCAACCAGCAGAGGAGUUACUGUCCGGCGCAAAGGCGAUGAUCGAAGAUGGAUUGUACGAGAAGAUCCCCAAGCCAGACGUUGUCCUGUCGCAGCACGUCAUGAAAAUGAGAGCGGGCACAGUCAGUAUUCGUUCGGGUCGGCUGCUCACGGCUGCUGAUUCGUUCGAUGUGCGCAUCUAUGGGCGCGGUGGACACGGCUCGGCUCCUCAGACGUGCGUCGAUCCUAUCGUUAUCGGUGCAACAAUUGUAACGCGCCUGCAAAGUAUCGUCAGCCGUGAAGUGAUGCCGGGUGAACUCGCUGUUGUCAGUGUUGGAAGCAUCCAAGCCGGCCAUGUAGCGAACAUUAUCCCCGAUCAGCUGGAUCUGAAGCUUAAUGUUCGGACAUACGACCCUAAGGUCCGCGAGCGUGUUAUAUCCUCCGUGAAGAGAAUUAUCGAGGCAGAAUGUCUAGCAGGAGGUGUCGAUGAGAAACCUCUUGUUAAGCAGAUACUUUCUGCUCCCGCAACUAUCAACGACGAUGCCACGGUCAAGGCUCUUCAAACAACUGCAAGUGAAGACUUCUCUCUUCUUGCGACGGCGGUAGGAGCACCGUAUGUGAUGUGGACGUAUGGUGGAGUCGACCCUAAGACAUGGGAUGAUGCUGUGGAGCAGGGUACCACUGAUCAGCUGCCUAAUAAUCACUCCCCAUUCUUUGCUCCAGUGAUCCAACCGACUCUUGGUACUGCAAUUGAUGGAAUCGCUCUUGGAGCACUGACUUUCCUGAAGCGGACCUAA